AUGGCCCUGCUCCCUCAGCCCCGGUGGAUGCUUGCCUUCCUGAUCCUCCUUCUGGCCGCAGUACUCAGGUGCUAAGAAGAGGCCCAGACCACCAACUGGAAGGCUACCCUUAAGACCAUCCGGAACGGCGUGCACAAGAUAGACACGUACCUGAACGCCGCCUUGGACCUCUUGGGAGGCGAAGACGGGCUUUGCCAAUAUAAGUGCAGUGACGGAUCUAAGCCUCACCCCCGUUAUGGAUAUAAACCCUCCCCACCAAAUGGAUGUGGCUCCCCAUUGUUUGGUGUUCAUCUUAACAUCGGCAUCCCUUCCCUGACGAAGUGCUGCAACCAACACGACAGGUGCUAUGAGACCUGUGGCAAAGGCAAGAAUGACUGUGAUGAGGAGUUUCAGUAUUGCCUCUCCAAGAUCUGUCGAGAUGUACAGAAAACACUUGGACUAGCUCAGCAUGUUCAGGCCUGUGAAACAGCUGUGGAGCUCUUGUUUGACAACGUUAUCCAUUUAGGCUGCAAACCCUACCUGGACAGCCAAAGAGCCGCGUGUUGGUGUCGCUAUGAAGAAAAAAUCGAUCUUUAA